AUGAGUGCCUGUGGGUUGCUUAUAACGAGCCGCAGUUUUGCCUGGUUCGUAGUUACGCUGGUCGCAUGCAUGACGCUGUUCUGUGCAAUCGUCCACCCUAAAUGGCUCAUAGGUCCGGAGGUGAUACGAAUCUCGAACGAGGAAGCCAACUUUACCAUAGUUCGCCAUCCAUCGGUAGGAAUUUACAACAGAUGCAAACGGAUGGGCCACACGGAUUACAACUGUGGCAAUUUCGAUCUGAACGGGCUACUGACGGAUUCGAGUGUCUUUCCGGUGCCGUGGAAAUUCACUAUGUUCCUGAUGUGUGUGGGCACGAUUCUGCUUAGCCUUACGUUGCUCAGCAUGCUGGUCAUCUGCUGUCGGGUACAUUCGUUUUUUGGCUUCAGCAUGCAUAAAUUCCUGUGCAUAUUUCAAUCAAUCUCCGCCAUGUUGGUGUUGUGUGGCUAUCUCGUCUAUCCGAUCGCCUGGGAUGCACCACGUGUGAAGAAACUUUGCGGCCCGGAUGCCGAACCUUACUCACCGGCCGAUUGUGCGCUUGGGGAGUCGAUUUACAUCGGUGCUAUUGGCGUGUUGCUCACCUUCUGCUGUACCGUGCUGAGCAUCAAGGCAGAAGCUGCAUAUCACAGCGCCAAAGCACAGCUUCGCGUCAUCGAUGGGGAUGCUCUAGUGUGCAUUGUAUGA